UAGUGAAGCCCUGCACUGGAGGUCAUCCUCUGCAUGCUCAGAGGCACCUGCAUUUCAAACUAGGCUGCCCAAAGCCGCCAGGAAGGAGGAGGCUCUGGCGGAGAGUGGUUUGCUCAAUGCUCAGGCCCUGGCCUGGCUUUGCCGACCCAGCUGGUGGAAAAGUCCGGAGAGAGAACUCUUUCCCACCCCUCCCCGGCUUGACUUGGCUCCGCGCAGCACCUGCCCCCUCGGCCUGCGCCGCAGCGCCCCCUGCAGCAGAGAAGAGGGAGGGCCGGGGGAAGGCAGCGCCGCGCUUCCGAACCUGUAAGCGGCGUAACCAGCGGCAGCUGCGUUCAGCUCCCCCGCGCCUCCGUCGGACGGGUCGCUGCCCAUUAGUUUCCCCAGGGAGCGGAGCCGUGGCGAGCGGGGACGCCGCAGGCAAGCGCGGCGGACUUGUUUGUCACCAUGAGCCUCUUCCUGUCAUUUGACUCCAUCUGCGUUUUCCUCUGUGCCCAAGUGCUGCUCACAUGGGGUCUACAAGAACUUCAUGCCAACCAGGAGACAAUUGUCAAGAUUUCUGCUGCUGGCCAACUGAUGCAGUGCUCUGCUUCAGUAGAUCUCCUCCUUCUGUUAGAUGGGUCAUACAGCAUUGGCAAAGGAAGCUUUGAGAGAUCUAAGCACUUCGCAGGCAAACUCUGUGAUGCCUUGAACAUCAAUCCAGAUAGGGUUAGAGUGGGAGUGAUCCAGUUUAGCUCGACUCCCCAGCUAGAAUUCCCCUUGGAUUCGUAUUUAACCAAGGAGGAAGUGAAGGAGAAAAUCAAGAAGAUUGUGUUCAAAGGCGGGAGCACAGAAACGGGGCUCGCGCUGAAAUACGUUCUCCAGAAAGGUUUCCCUGGUGGCAGAAAUUCCUCUGUCCCUGAAAUCCUGAUCAUCCUCUCGGACGGGAAAUCACAAGGCAAUGUAGCAACACCCGCUAAGCAGCUGAAGGACAGGGGUACCACAGUAUUUGCUGUGGGAGUCAAGUUUCCAAGGUGGGAGGAGCUGCACACGCUGGCCAGUGAACCAGCUGAGCAGCAUGUGCUGUUUGCUGAACAUGUGGACGAUGCUGCCAAUGGCCUAUAUAGCACCCUCACCAGUUCUACUGUCUGCAGUGCUGUCUCUCCAGGUUGCAAGAUUGAAUCUCACCCUUGCGAACGCAAGACACUGGAGACCGUGAAAGAGCUGGCUGGGAACUAUAUGUGUUGGAAAGGGUCAAAGAGACCAAAUGCGGUGCAUACAUCUCUCUGUCCAUUUUACAGUUGGAAAAGAGUCUUGAUCAAACACCCGGCCAGAUGCUACCGAACUACAUGCCCAGAUCCCUGUGAUUCCCAGCCUUGUCACAAUGGAGGCACAUGCGUUCCAGAGGGAUUAGAAAGGUACCACUGUGUGUGUCCUGUUGGAUUUGGAGGAGAUGCCAGCUGCGCACCGAAGUUGAGUCUGGAGUGCAGCGUGGAUCUUCUUUUCCUGGUGGACAGCUCAUCUGGUACCACCUUGGAGGGAUUCCUGCGCUACAAGGCCUUCCUGAAAAGGUUCAUUCGGGCAGUGUUGAGCAAAGACUCCCCAGCAAACGUUGGAGUGGCCCAGUACAGCAGUGAUGUCCAGAUCCCGAUCAAAGUGGGCAAGUACAAGGAUGUGCUCGGUCUCAUGAAGAGCGUUGACACCAUGCAUUUCAGCGGAGGGGGAACCUUCACCGGCAAAGCCCUUCGGUAUGUCACGCAGCAUGGCUUUAAGAGUGCUCCGGCCUUCGCGGAUGUUCACGACGAUCUCCCGCGUGUGGUUGUCUUGCUCACGGAUUCGGAGUCCCAGGAUCCUGUGGUAGAAGCAGCUAAAUAUACCAGGGGCAGAGGGCUCUUCCUAAUUGGCGUGGGCAGCGACUUCUUAAGAGCAGAGCUGGACAACGUGACUGGGAAUCCAAAGCGGACGGUUGUCUAUUCCAACCCCUCGGAUCUGUUUAACAAGAUCCCUGAGCUGCAGAAAAAAAUCUGCAGUGUAGACAGUCAUCCAGGCUGCCAGUCCCAGUCUCUGGAUCUGGUUUUUGCCUUGGAUGCCUCAGCUGGAGUUGGCAGGGAGAACUUCCUGCGGGUGAGGAACUUUGUCAGUAGCAGCUCUCUGCAGUUCAGUAUCAAUCGGGACGUCACCCAGAUCGGCCUCGUGGUCUACGGCAGCAGGGCUCGCACUGCAUUUGCCCUGGACGCGCACGUCACCAGCUCAGCUCUCUUUCAAGCCAUCAGCCAAGCGCCUUUCCUUGGUGGCUCGGCCUCCGCGGGCAGAGCCUUGCUGCACAUUCAUGAUGACGUCAUGACCGUUCCAAAGGGGGCGAGGCCCGGGGUGAGCAAGGCCGUGGUUGUGAUCACGGACGGGAGCGGCACCGAGGAUGCAGUAGUUCCAGCUGAGCAGCUGCGGAGCGACGGCGUGUCGGUGUUUGUUGUCGGGGUUGGGGGUGUGCGGAGGGAGACGCUGCUGAGGGUGGCCGGUUCUCCCAACUGCCUGGUCCACGUUUCAUCUUACGAUGAUCUGCGCAAUUACAAAGACUUUAUUAUGGAAAGAAUAUGUGAAGAGGCUAAACACCCGGUGAACCUGUGCAAACCUAACCCGUGCCUGAAUGAGGGAGUGUGCGUUCUCAGGAAUGGAAGCUACCGGUGUGAAUGCCGAGGCUGGGAAGGACCGCACUGUGAAAGCAGAAUUUUAAGGGGCGAUUUUUCAAGAUCACCGGUCCCUCCCACAAACUUUCACAUCCAACGAAAUCCCAGCGGUUUGCAGCAGCUUAACAGAGCUCUCCGACAUGCAAAAAGGCACGCUCAGUCGGGACACUGAGUUGGGCAGCUUCACUGUGCAGUUCUCCUUUCACUAAUGUUUGCUUGCAGCCAUUAAUAUACAAGACGAUCUGGCAAGCAACCACCAGGUAUUUCAAUGAAUGAUUUAAUCUGGCACAGAGACUGAAGUAAUGUCUCCAAGUUCACACAGGACACCAGCUGGGCUUAUCAGUAGUCAAUAUUUUUUUUCUUUUGUAAUAACUCAAUAUUUUGUGUUUCAAUAUUUAUUAUUGACCAUUUUGCUUUUCCACUCCAAGAUUUUGGUGUUUCACGUAUGUUGUUUGAAAGAUCUGUGAGUUGGCAGCAGACUAUUAGAGAAGGCUGGAGUAAUUCUGGGGUUCAAGCCGAAAGGGGUUAGCCUAAAUAAUGUAUCUGUAAACAGAGCUAUAUAAAGUGCACAUUUUUAACAACGAGAGUAAUUAACCAUUGAAACAACUGACCAACGGGUGUGGAGGGGAUUCUUAUCACUUGAAAUCCGUAAAUCAAGACUGGACGUCUUUCUGAAAAAGAUGCCCUAGCUCAACCAGAAAUUACGAUCUAGAUGGCGAAAAUAGGGAGUGAAAUUCUGUGGCCUGUGUUAUAGGGGAGGUCAGACGAGGGUCCCUUCGGGGCUUAAAAUCUAUGACUCUAUAAACUAUAGGUAUGGCUGUGCAAACAAAGAGCCGGGUCCUCAGCUCCAGUAAAUCAGUUCAGCUCCGUUGGUCUGGCUGUAAUUUCCAUACGCUACUUACCAGCCCCAGUUAAAUAUUCCUAUAGUUGAAGUCACUAGAAUGAAUUAUUGGAUAAACACAGGAAGACAAAUGAAAGUGAGAGCUAGUGAUGGGCUUUGUUAUGCGUUACUGAUUUCUCAAUCCCAAAUGCAGUGAUGUUCCCUUGCUUAGCUCUUUUCUUUGUUUGUGUUUGUUUCUGAGUGAGGUAAUGUGGUUUGGCUUAAUGGGCAUUUUUAUUAGCUGCAUUUUGUUGUUGUUAGGAAGGGCCUUAACGUGAAACAACUCUAAAAUGGAGCUGCAGCAGUUAAUACGUACGUUGCUAUAUUUACAAGAUGAGCUUGGCUAUUUUAGUCCUAGAGAUCAGAUUAGUUUACUAUGUAAAUCGAACGGUAGGUGAUGGCUGAAAAAUGACUUGUUUAAAGCCUAGAGCGGAGUAGUCCACACACAGUGCGGAGGACACAUCCUGGGCUAAGCUAAGGACUGCUUUGGAUCUGGUGUGCUAAGGAGCUGAGUCUACUGAAUUGGGUUUUUUAUGUAAACGAUACCAUUUGCGGCCCGAUCCUGCAUGCUUGGUUCAUGCCAAACUCUCCCUAGGACAGCUGGGGGUUUGUCCGAGUCAUCUGUGCUACAAAUACAGCAGUGUAAGGGUUCCAGAGCUGGUUACAAAUGGGGUUGCAGUCGGUUGCAUACACUGCACCUUACUGUGUUUUGGAACCUGGCUGCUGUGUUGGAUUCAACCACGGCUUCUGUCUCCAUCAGCUCCCUUUUGCAAACUCUCUGUUUGCCCCUCUUCUUUUACCCUCGCUUAUCACGCCUCCUUUCUUUGCCCCUCUCCUCCAAGCCAAACCCAGGCUCCUUUCUGAGUGCUGGGAACGCUCGUUCCAUGGCUUUACCAGGAAGCUCUAUCCUCCCGUUGGGGGAGGUCUCUGUAAAACUGGCCCCCUUGAAAGGCGGAAAUACCAUUGUGAUGAACAGGGGAUAGGAACCAUAAUAGGCAGCACGUCUGGCUCCCUUAAUGGUUUUAUGCUGAUCGCUCUUCACCCAGCAGGCUAGCGGUCGUGGCAGCUUUACAUGGAGCAGGCGAGGCUGAGCCAUAAGUUCGAUAGGAGCUGCACACGCACCUCCAAAGAACAGAAUCUGGCCCCAGGCCAGCACCUUUCAGAGGGUGUCGCUCAGUGGAUCACCUGUGAAGCUAUUAGACAUACACGAUUGCUCUCCUGGGGCUAUUUAACUACUUUAUUAUGUUGUUCUUAACUGCUUUCCUCAUGGAGCCCAUCGCCUUGGAGAGACUGAAAGCAGAAACUCCAGUUCUGCUGUGCGCAGAGCAGAGCCAGAAAGAUUAACUGCAACUGCCAGUGUUCAGGGUUGUAGCUUCUAGGGUUCAGUGUUCAGGGUAAUAGCAAAGAGAAGAAAACCCCCUUCAUCCAAGUGCCUUGGCCCCAUGUUUUACUAGUCACACAGAUGUACCAAAAGAGAGACCGAUUAUUUCACAGGGUGGCUGUCUAAAGGACAAUGGUCUAACCCACUCAUGGAGAUUAAAGCUAGUUCUGCAACAGCAGCAAUGCUAGUCUAUACCUUAUGCUGGAAGAAAUAAAGGAGAACUUCCACUUUGGCUCUGCUCAGCCGCCCGUCGAUCAUCCUUCGGCUUCCGCGCCUGAGGCAAGCAGCGACGGAAGCGCAAUUGCCGGACUGACGUUGGAAGCAGGAAGAGGCACUAACCCUUCUCCCUUAAUUAUGGCUGGCCUGGUUGCCGCUUUGGUGUUACUUCUUCUGUAAAAGUGUCCAUGGGUUCUGUUCUGGAAAGAAUGGGCUACAGCAGUCUCUUGGCUACCAUCCAAAGCCACAGUUUGUAUUUUACACUGGGGAAACAUCUGGGGAGCUGGUUCCACUUCCAGCCAAAUUCUGCUCUGAAAAUAUUCUCUGUCAUCUUGCACUCCCUGCAUGGUUUGUUGGUGGUAGAGAGACUAUGCUAUUAUCCCUUGCUGCCCUGCUUCGCUGUAAUAUUUACAACACUCUGGCAUUUUCUGCUGUAUAUUUUGUCUAACAGAUGCACAGGUUAAACUCUGCUUCACUUUCACUGUCUUUUGGCAGCUUGCCUUUAACACAGAGUUGGCUCUUCUUCCUUUAGCUUUCGUACAGUGUACGACUUGAGUAAUUGCAAUGUGCUUUCUUAAAAGUAUAAAGGUAUUUACAAUAUUUUCCUCAUACUAUGUUGCAUACAGAGAAGAUUUGUAUAGAUCUAAUGAACCCUUAGGCUUGAUUAUGCACCUAUGUUGUACGAUUGUAACCAUGCUAUAUAGAUAUACUUUUGUUUUAAUACACUGCUAAUAUGAGCAUUUCUGAAGCACAUAAAUUUUACUGGGAUAAGGCUGAGUGUGGGGAAGAGGCCUGGCAAAACCAGGGAUUUUUUCCCCCAUGAAUUUGCUUCAUUUAAAAUAUGGAUGGGCAAACUGGUCUGGAUAAAACCACAGACUUUAAGCUCCUUGGUGCAGAAACCAUUUUUUGUUGUGGUUGUAGAUACAGUGUCUAGUGGAAUAGAGCUCGGAUCUCUGAUUGGGGCCCCUAGGUGCUGCCACAGUACAGAGAAUGGUGAUAUGCAAGAUGGAGGGUGUUUAACUGAGUUUUUCAAAGGAGCUGUAAGGAGUUAGGCGCCCACACAUGCGGGGGCCCAGUUAAGGUGGCACAGAUAAUCUGAAUUCUGGCAUUUCGUAACUUUUGAGUGCUUGGCUUUUGGUUCCUUACAUUUUUUUUUUUUUUGGUGUCAUCGUUUUAGUGUGUAAUAUGAAUAGAAUACAGCAUAAAACUAACAGCCCUGGAGAAGUAUGAAAACGGCGUGUUCCAUGCCUCGUCAGCUUUCUCGACUGGUGGAAGAUGACAUUCCUAGGCAGCUAAGAAGGCGACACGUCGGGAAAGUGCUGGGAAAAUCAGGCUGAUCAUGGAGAUAAAGGCAGUGAGGCCUAGUGGAUAGAGGACUGGACUAGGACUUGGGAGACGUGGGUUCUAUUCCUGGCUUUGCCACGGGCCAGCUGAAUGACCUCUGGCCAGUAUCCUUCCCCUCUCCAUGCCUCUUUAAAAUGGGGACGAGGUAGACCUCCUUUGUAAAGUGUUUUGAGAUCUACUGAUGGAAAAUGCUCUAUAAGAGCUAGGUAUUGCUAUCUGUAGUGAACCAUGACUCAUUGGGUCAAAUUCAUCCCAGCUCUAAGGCCAAUGAAACCCCCAGUUGGCUUAUUUUAUUGGUUCCCCCCACUCCAGAAGAGCUGUGUGAUAAUGGGAAAACCACAGAAAUAUAGAAAUACCUUAGGGUCUGGUUCUAGGAGGGGCUGAGCACCCACUAUUCCAAGUGACGUCAAUGGGAGCUGCAGUGCUCAGCUCAGCUGAAAAUCAGGCCUGUCCUGUCUAUGAAUCCGCAGUGAAGCAAGUAGAAUUUGACAGAAUGGACAGAAAAUUGUAAUUCAGACAAGGACUUCCCUCUGCAAUAUCUUAACCAUGGUGGGCUAAAUAUGCCUUCAGUUGCACGUCCCAUUGACUUUGUUUGCCUGUUGUAAAGGAAGGAGGAAUUUGGCUCAUAGUAUGACGUGCAUUAAAAAGGGACUGAACUGUUGUGAUCAUUUUCAUAUACCGAAUCCCAGAUACAUUAGGCCACAGACACAGCCGCAUACGAGGCCAGGCCCUGUAAACAUUUACUACCUGGCAUUGUGCUUUGAAGUCAAGGAGACUCGUGAUGUCUCACCUGGCCAUGUUUGCAGAAUCAGACUUGAAGGUCCCUGCAGUCUGUUGCACUUGUAGAGGACAGUAUGUCAAUCAGUAUAUAUCUGAAUGGAUGUGGCUGGCCAAUGGGAGCAGGUGGACCUGUUGGCUUAUUUGACCUGCUGUAGAAAGGCGAAAGAGAAACCCAGGUGGUCAUGGUGCAGUUAAAGGAACCAAUGUUCUACCAAAUGAACAGCCAUAAAUAAAACUGUCUCACUGUGUAGAUCCUGAUAUGACACAGGUGUGAAUAACGAGCACCAGAGAAAGCACUUGUGGGGUCUGGGCUAAAAAAAGUUACUUUGUUUGUUUAGGGGGAAAAUAAAACCAACUUGCAGCUUGAAAGGUGUCAGUGCAUCGGGGUUGCCUUUUAACUUCCUGGUCUCUCUAUCUCAGUUCAAAAAACAAAAAUGGUCUUGCACAAUGCACAGACCAUAAUCUGGCAAUUUUUAGUUAAAAAGCGGAGGUGGCUUGGCACUUACACAUGGUCCUUCUUUAAAUUCACUCCUGGAGCCUAGUUUGAAGUUAAACAGAAAUCCUUAAUGAGAAAGUACUUGAUGGGAAGUUCAGACCCUAAAAGUUGGAAGAUUGUUCGGACCUUGCACAGUUACCAAGCAGCAGGAGGGGAGGUGAUUUAGCAAAAUGGGUGGUAGAGUAAGAUCUGUUGGGGUGAAAACAAAAGCUUUUUCUAGAGAGGAAAAUGCCAAAUUUUCACUGGGAGUAAUUGGGUGUUUGGGAGCUAACUAAUGGGAAACAGGAAUGAUUCUCUCCCCAUAGCAAGUUGGAUGAUCCCUUCAGAUGGCCGUAUGUUGACUUCAGUGGGAAAGCCUGGUCUCAUGUCAUAAAGUGGAAUGUGAGUGCCAUACAUUUCACCCUCUUCAGCUUUAUUUCCCCUGACUCUCCUUUUAAAACAAGUAACAUCUUGCCCUUCUGUAACUACUGAAUCUGAGAUAGUGUUUUUACUUUUAGUGCUAGGCGCGUCUGUCUUUAACAUUCCCACUGCUUCCUCAGAAGACCUGAAAAAAAUCUGUUUUCUUGUCUUUUUCUUUGGUUUGCUGGUUGCUUUCCUGUCAGAAGGUGUCUGGCCUUUGCAGUGAGAUAGGUGUGUUGUUGUGACCUGUAACUGGCAUGAGAAGUUCAAAGACCUCGUUGAGAUGAGUUGUUAACCUAUAAAAGUCACAAAUACUGGGCCAGUUCCUGCUGAUUCCUUAAUCAGACUUCACUGGGAAUUUUUGCUUGUGUGAAGACAGGAGGCUUUGUCCCGUACAACGUAGGUAGCUUGUUUAAACUAAGCCUAAACAAUAUGCAUGAUGAAAGUGGAGUAAUUUGGUUCUUGUCCCAAACAAUGUCCAUAAAUAUUUGAGGCAAGAUCUUCUAAAAUGGGAUCUUAGAGUUAGACUCCUAAGAUCCAUAUAUAGGCAUCUGAGUAAGUGGACGGAUUUUCAAAAGUGCUGAGGAGACAGCUGCUCUGAUUUGUUUACGUCGGACUGCGAGAUACCUCAGCAGUCAGUGAAGGAUUGUCCAGUGCCUUCAAAGCAAGAAGAAGGGAUGGUAAAAGAAAUCUGUUAAGAAAAACCCUGGCGUUAUAGCAAUGGAUGUUCUUCCAGAACAAGUCCCAUUUGUGCUUCUGUCAUAUUAUACAGCCGUAUCCAGCCCCAUUGACUUCGGUGGAUAUUGGAUCAGUGUCUCGAUGUCCAAAAGAUACAGAGAUGUUUGACAAACAGAUAUAUAAACACUAUAUGUGCACGCUGUUUCAAGCGCUUCAGGGCCAGGACUAUUUUUUACUAUGUAUUGGUACAGCAUCAGAGGCCUGUUAGCUGUCUUUAGGCACCACUGUAAUAAUGAUCCUGUAUUAAAUUCUAUGUAUUAAACUCGGCAGUGGCCAGCCUCUGCACUUCUUGAAUUCUGUGGAAACUUUACCACAGACUUUAAUGGGAGCUGAGUCACACCAGCACUGAGCACUUUUGAAAAUCCUACAUGUAGUUUCUGUUGAACGCUAUUAAAUUCCCAGAGAACUUUUCCAUGAGGAGCAGGGCUAACAAGUUUUGUAUUUUAUCAAUGUGUUUGUAAGUCAUUUUCACAGAAAAUGACACUUUUGUACUAGAUGCCUAGAUGUAUUGAUGUUCACUGUUGUUUCCUUGAUGGACAGCUGGCACAGGAAUGCUGAGUUGUGUAUAUGUUAAAACUCCAGUAGAUGCCAGUAAAUAACCAAGUGAUUAGUGAUAGAGAGAUGUAUAUUUAGACGUUAACUCGAUAAACAUUGCCGUGAGCGAAGUAAAUCAGCUGUUCUCUGCAAAUCUGAUGCAAGUUAGGACUCCUGAAGAGGCCGGCCUGUGGGCCCAAUCGUGCAAACACUUACUCAACUGCGUCGUGCUUACGGGAGGGCUCCUGUUGGCCUCAUUGGAACUAGCUCUCCUGAGGAAGCACCAUGCUGCUCAUGUGAGGAGCGCCUUGAAGGAUCCUGCCCUGUGACUGGAUUCUUGGCUGCAUUCUUUGUUACCAGAAUGAUUCAUGAUGUGUCGUUUGUCUCUUAGUGUCGUUUUUACCAGGGAUGAUUAAUUGGACAUUUAACACCAGGCGGAGGAGCAAUGGUUUGUAAAAGAUAAGAAUCACUUAGGAAAGCAACUGUUCCUCCCAUUUACAUUCCAUAAAUGAUGUAUGGACAGAAACUAUUCCUUCUCUUUGAGCUAUCGCUGUCGAUAGUCCACUGGAUGGUAAUGGGCUUGUUAAUUAAUUUGUAUUGAUAUGUGCCUUUCUGCUGCGACUCUCUCAAAGCACUUUGCAACCAUGACCUAAUGUGCUUGACAGAGAAGCAAUAUUCAUUUCCAUUUUAUGUACUUAGAGCCUGCCUAUGCACACUAAUUGCCCGGCUUUAACUAUGAAGUGGUACAAUCCCCCUAAAGUGACAAGCUAGACUGGUCUAUGCACCAUUUCCUUGUGUACACCUUUGGGAAUAAGUUAUACCAGAAGUUUAGAGGAAUAAACUAUGCUGCUAUAAGCCACUGUUAUACCAGUCUCACUGCAUCUACGCUAGGAGUUUUACUGGUAUAAAACUUUACAUCAGUUAAAAAAACAAACGCAAAAAACCCACCACCCCUAAUGGAAAUAAUUUAAACCAGUACAAAAACUGUGGGUAGAGCAGCUCUGAAAGGGUGUGUUGAUUUGGGUUCUCAGGGCAUGUGGUAACUCUACCAAGAAACCCAGCACAAUUGGGGUGAAGCAGAGAUGGCUGACCUGGGCCUUACCAUGUAGUUCGUGUUGUUGCUGUGAUACCAAGCUGACUGUUUCAGGGAGGGGAUUUUAUAUUCACAAAGUGGCGACUCCUUUCUCAGACACACGCAACAGGCAGCUUACUUAAGAGGAUGGGUUUUUUUCCUUCAUUUUGGAGUGCAGUGAAGGCUGGGCUAAGACAUACAUUUAUGACCGAUUUUAUUUUCCCUCUCUUCCCAAGUGAACCUGUUCCUGUUAGUGUCAUUAAGAGCUUGCAGCACAAACAGCAUGUCACAAGGCUACUACCUAGUGGACAAAAGGGAUGUUAGUUAUGUUUUUCCCCUUCUGGGUUUGUGUAAGGCUGUAACACCAGUUACACUUGUGAUCAGCUGGGGAGACGGACUGGUCCUGGCUUGUUCCUUUUAAAAAAAAAACAACCACCACCUGCUGUUUAAAAAAGCAGCCCCCUAAUUUAACAUAUUCAACCUUUAUUUAAAAAAAAAAUCUUUAAAGCGUCACGGGAUGGGUCACAGUUAUGCCCAAGAAAACAGCAUUGAAUUAGGAAGACCAUGGCAAUGACAGAGGCAUUCACUGUUUAACGUUUUGUCGUAGGUAAACAGCAUGGGUCAGGACUCACCCAGUUGGUGGAUGUGGAAAGUGCUCGAUGCUCUCAAUCCCCUGAUAAGAGUCAGUAUUAGAUGUAAUUCCUAGGAAUAGAUACAUCAGGAGGACCACUCUGCAGCAACAGGGCAUGGAGGAUCAGGCAGCUGUUCUUCCAGCUCUGUCUACAAGUAAGAGGGUUUCCUCCACCAUGUCAGGAGAAGGGUGUGGGGUGGACAGGGCAGGAUGCAAUGACAUGCUAAAGUGAAGCUUUCAUGUUAUAGCAAAGGGGGGCGGGAGGUGACAUGGUAAGGCUCUCAUGGGACAGGAAAUGCAUGAUGGGUAGAAAAUGAAAGUUUGGUGGGGCCAAUACCCCACCUGUGUUGAGCGGAGAGAAACCUGGAUUUUUGUGAGACCCUCCACCACAGUUGUGUCUUUGUCUACGUUACAUUUCUGAACGUAACAGAGACCAGUGCUAGGGAUUUAGAGGUUUGUGAAUGCACUCCUUGUUCUCCAAGGCCUGGAGUCAGCAACGCUUGUGUUUAGGGGCAGACUUUCAAAGGCAAACCUGGCAUUUGAUGCUGAACUAACUGCCCUGUCUUGCCUUGCAGAAUCUCCCGACAGGCUUUGCCGAGGCAGGGCCCUAAUGCGUUCUUCCCGAGAUGGUCAGGGGAAAGUACUGAAGGAAAGCAGCUAAACACCACUGUACGGCUAGUGAAGAGAUGAGGCUUUUUUAAAAAAUAAAAAACAACAAUGGGAGGAGGGCUGGGUAUAAAUUGUGGAGCUGGCCUUCAUUGGUUCCCUUUGCAUUUAAUCUCCCCCUCUGGCAUAGAGAGUCAGUUUCAAGGUGACUUGUGGGUGUUAAUUCUUUGAAGCUGCAUAAGAACCUUGUUAAAUAGCUGGAUCCAAUGAGUCUAAUAGAGCAGAACCCCUUUUACCUGAUCUAACUGGGAGUGGGGCCAGAUUGGCUAAUCAAAAAGCCAGAGAAUAGGAAAGUGUGAUGCUGCGCUUCCACCUAGUGGUCCCUGGCGGGAUUGCCUGCUUCUGGCCCUGGUGGUUCAAUUAAUGCUGAAGGCUAAAUAGUGGAGUGAGUCAGCCUUGUAGUUCCUUGUCCAACCCUUGUGAGUUAAUUGCACCACAGAGGAGCUGCUGACCAUGCAAAGUGUUAAAGGCUGAGAUCACACUUGGUCUUGGAGAAACACCAGGGCUGAGGAAAUCUGUCAGCAUCCCCUCUUAGAGCUCCUUGCCUGCUGGGCUGGUGAGUGUGCAGAAGGCCAUGCUGUGGUAUCGGCUGCAGGGUCUGCCCCCAGGGCUGGAGCAUCCCUAGGGACUCCAGUCCUGUGGUGCUGAGAGCUGCCGUGGCAGGAACUGUCCUUUGGUACGGCAGCCUGCAGAACCAGGGGCUCCAAAAAAGCUAAUCCAACCUAGCUGGAUAAUGAAGGAGCCUGUCGGUUCCACAGGCUAGGAAGGGGGGGGGGCCCUUCCCCAGGACCCCAGCACUGUUGGUGAGCUGAUUAUUUCAUCUCCCCUCCUGUUUAAAUGUCUAACUUUAGAAGAGCAAAAUCAAUGAGCAACAAUUACUAUUGGAAAGUGUGGGUGGGUGGGACUCAGUCUUUGCCAACCAGGCUUCCAACUCCAGGGUCCAUUUUUCAGUUGUAAAAAUUCUUUAACACCAGACAGGGUUUUAUAGAAACUUCUGCUGACUCCUCAAAUACAGCUAGACUCACAGUUACAGCAAUGCGGUGUAAAGUCCAAUGGCAACUAUAAAAGCCAGAAGAAUCAGGCCUCUGUUCUGGCUGUUACCUCAUCUCAGGUAGCUUGCCAAUUUUGGUUGGCCUUAAUCCUGGAGGUUUCAUCACAUGACAAUCUUUUAUUCUUGAGGACUCCAGGGCAAGCCUGGAGGGUUGGCGAUGCUGCAGCUAAGCCUGUCCCAUGAGUAGGGCAUUAGUGUAGGGGGGUCUCUCUCACAGGACACGUCUGUAUAUGCUGUAGAAUAUUGGGGCUGUAAUAUGUGUGUACUACACACACAGAAGAACCACUUGCUUUCAGUCAGACCUGCAACCUCUUUCUCUACAAAGAUGGGCCAGGGCAGCACUAUUCCGAGUUAGGCCCAGAUGGGAAAACCAGUAAUGAGGGAAAUGUAUGUGUGGUUGGGCGGGGUGUUAUUUCCCUUCGUCCCCUAUGGGUCAGCCCUGCAAUUUGGCUCUGGCUCCAGCAACCCAAAGCUACAUAAUUUGAAGGGCGGGGAGGUUGCAUGCUACUCCCUCAUUUUGUAACAAACAUUGCUAUUAGACCCUCACAGGUAACCUCCAACACUAUCCUGUUGUUCUCAGGUGAGGCUCUGGCUCUCUGACAACCCUCACUAUUUUCAUAAAGCAAGAUAAAUUCAAUCUCCUAGCAACAGCUUUUGGGCAUAUCCCUUUGAACUAGCUCCCACGCUCCAAAACCUGCCCCUUUACUUACAGACAGACAGACAAUUAAGCAGGGAUCAUCCUUGUAUUCUGGCACAUGAAAGGCUGGGGAAAUGAUUCUGAGCAGUUGAGGUGGCUACAUGGUUCGUAUCACUGACAGUUACUCCAGGACUUGACUUGUACUUGGAUAAGGGGUACUCUUAGCUCCCCCUCGCUUCCUUCUAAUGCACCUUGACUUCCUAUGCCUGGCUAAUGCUGCUUCCCCAUUCCAUAGUGCAGGUUUCUCUUCUCAGCAGAACGGGUUUUUCCCUACUUCUGCGUGGCCACCUUCCUGAGCCACACUGGCUGGGAGUGACGGUUGAGUAUAGAAAGCACAGGCCUGUAAAGACAAGCACCACAUCCCCCUCUCACUCUGCUACAAGGGGAGAUAUCACUAAUAAAGAAACAUUAAUAAUGCAAUGAUAGAACUUCAAAGUAGACAUAUGCAAACCAGCCCUCUGUACAGUAACAGUCUUGUUUACAUCAAUCAGGGUAGGAGGCUGAUUCCAAGACUUGCCAUUUGUGAUAUUCUCAGCUGUGCCAUGGGAAUGGGCAGGAUGGUUUUUGAUGAUCACAGAUUGUCCCACGUCUUUUUACUGAGCAAGUGGCCCAGGGUGGUGAUAGAGGACAGGAUGGCUUGCCGCUCUAGCCUGGCCCUUCGCCUACAAAUGACUGAAUCCUCUGGUCCAGGUAUAGGCAAUUCCAGUCUUUUUAGUCCAUCCUUGAAAAUGUAGUCAUCCUAACUGGUUCCUUUUUUCUCCCAUUCCUGCCAAAAAAACAACACCACAAACCUCUGUGAAGACAAUUCUGUCCCACGUGCUCCAGAAAGGAAUCCAAUAGCAUUAGUCUUUGCGUAAGUGAAUUUGUAUCCUAUAAUCAUUCAUUCCUCCACCUACAGUUUCAAGCUCACUCAGCCAGUAUUCUGAGGGGUUAAGAUAUUUCAGUGGUACCACUCACAGGCCACAGCACUGUAGUCACAUAAGACGCCAGGGACCUCUACACCCAGCCAUGUUUGUAACCUAAAGUAGACAGUAACUACACCCGCAGUUAGGAACCAGGCCUGAGAGAGAGCAUAUUGCACUGAAAAGGAGAUCAGCAUUCGUGAAAGGAGUUUUAAGAAGGGUGUGAAGGCAGCUCAGCUAGUUUCGUAGCUUUUCCAGAUGGGUGUUGUGUGAUAAAAGGCACUAAUGUGGCCCUAAGGGGCAGAGUCUGAUUGGGACAUUUUACGUGUCCAUCUGCGAUAGGACAGAGAAUAUGGAGUACGGGGAGGGAAGCCCAAAGGGAAAGAUACAUGGGUCCCUACCACACACAGCUCACCAUCUCACUUUAGUUGGAUAGGCCUCAGUGCUCACAACUGGAUACUAAUUGUGGGUACCCAGCAUAUGACUAUUUCAAAGGCGUGUGAUCUAGCUGUGAGGAGCCCCCACCCAUGAACAUUGGGCCCUGUUUAGGGCUCUCAAGUUGGGCACCCAAAAAAAAAAAAAAAUCA